AGGAAGAAUCCUUGGUCAAAUGGGCUAAAAUAUUAAAGAGCAUAAUUUUCGUGCUAGUUCUCUUUAUUUUCCUCUCUUUCUUUCACCAGCAAGGACAGUGGGCACAUCAGGCAUUGGAUCAUAUCUAUAUUUCUGACCUUCAAAUUAAAAAGAAACAUGUUUACUGCAUGCUUGAAAAGAAAUAGGAGAAAAGAAGCGACAGCUGAGACAGCAUUGAUGCAAAAUGUUGAAAAGAAUGGUGCAAUGUUACUCAAAGAGGUGAUUGCUUCUUCUUAUGGAAAAUGUUGUCCUAUCCGGUGCUUCUUUGUCGAAGAACUGAAAAAAGCAAAAGACAUCUGUGACCGAGGCCAUGCUUUUAAAAAAGAUGGCUUUCAUGCACUCUUCAAGGGCUCUCUUCAGGGUAGACCAAUUUGCAUUAAGGAAUAUUCACCAGAUGCGAAUAUUAGUUCAGUUAUUAAUGAUAUUGUGAUUGGAUCCUGGAUGAGCAUUAAUAAGAAUGUUCUGAAGCUCUUAGGAUGCUGCUUGGAGACCGAAAUCCCUAUUCUAGUGUUCGAUUUUGCAGAAAUUAAGGGAACUUUGGGCCUUUGUCUUUAUGGUUCCCACGAACCAGAGUGGCAGCCUCUACCAUGGAAAUGCAGGUUGAGGGUUGCAGUGGACGUAGCAACUGCAGUUGCAUACCUACACACUGCCCUUCCCACACCCAUCAUCCACAGGGACAUUAACCUUGAGAACAUUAUUCUGGAUCAAAGUAAUUCUGCCAAAUUGUAUAACUUCUCUCUUUCCGUAUCCAUUCCUGAAGGCGAAACACAAGUAAAAGUUGAUGUUGUCUCUCGAACGUAUGGAUUCAUGGCACCAGAGCACAUUACUACCUGUUUUUUGACCGAGAAAGCUGAUGUUUAUUCUUUUGGUAUGCUUCUGCUGGUGCUUUUGACUGGACAAAAGGACGUCUGGCGCAAAAUUGAUUGGAAUAUAGAUGAUCUUGAUGAAGUAUCCAACCCCGCAAAGUAUUUUGUUGAGAACAACAGGUUGAGUGAGAGUGUGGAUCCUGUAGUAUUGAGAGAGGCAGCUGGAAGGCCUGGGAUGGAGCAGCAGUUGCAGGAUUUUGCAACAGUUGCCCUGAGGUGCAUCAAUUUAACAGUAGAAGAUAGGCCAACAAUGAUUGAUGCAGCAAAACAACUCAUGCAGAUUGAACAGUCUACUCUAGCCCAGUAAAUUGCUUCACUUGGCUCCAUCCAAGUUUGUAACUUUUGAUAACUUUGGUGUUGGACAUUUGGAUAUAUUUUAGUUUAUUUACUUAUCUUUUACUUUAAUUCAGAAAAUAUAGUAUUCGUAAUCUUAAGUGGGUUUGGACUGCUUUCUUGUGAGUCUUCUGUCUUGUUUUCUCUUCAUUUUCUCCUGAAAAAUAUUUUGUUGGAUACCUUAUGUGGAACUGUUUGAAGUGGUUUUUUAAAAACCUAGAACACUCCUAUAGCUACUCUAAUCUAAUUAAAAACACCCUUUAGCUUCUACUUACUCUUCCCCAAUUAUUUCUUAAAAUUAAAAAUAAAAUUGAAAUACAACUCUAACUAUCCAUACUGUUAAAAAUAUUCCCUUCUAUUUAUUUUUCUCUUAAUCAAAUUAAAAUUCCCUUCGACUUCUAUCUAUUUUUUUUUUAUAUAAUUAAUCCUUCAAAUCUUAAUUUUUUUUUCUUAAGAUUUGAGUUAGUUGGAAUUUAUUUUA